CAGCACUCUCUCUCUCACACCAUGGGCAGCAGCAGCAGCAGCAACCACGACGACGCCCGCAACGACGUGUUCGACGUCGACGCCCGGCGCGAGGCGCUCGCUGGCCCGUCCGGCGUCGCGGGCCUCCUGAAGAACAAGCGCCUGUUCGGCAUCUCGAUGGUCACGGCCCUCGGUGGACUCAACUACGGCUAUGAGCAGGGCGCAUACGGCCAGUGUCUCGUCAUGCCGUCGUUCGCGGCCCACGGCGCCUUCCACCGCAUCAUCAACGACUCGGGGUACAAGGGCUGGACGGUCGCUAUUCUCGGCCUCGGUGGCUGGGUCGGCGCGCUUAUCAACGGCUACUGCUGCGACCGCUUCUCUCGCCGCUGGUCGAUCCUCGGCGGUGCGCUCGUGUGUCUCGUCGGCGCGAUCCUCACCGCUGCCGCCGAGAACGCGCAGAUGAUCUUCGCGGGACGCUUCUUCAUCGGCCUCGCGGUCGGUUCGCUCUCCACCGCCGUGCCCAUGUACAACAGUGAGAUCAGCCCCGCCGAGGUGCGCGGCACCAUGGUCGGCACAUGGCAGCUGUCGGUCACGCUCGGUAUCAUGAUCUCGUACUUUGUCGGCUUUGGCACCAACUACAUCUCCAAGACCAACUCGGUUGCAUGGCGCCUGCCCCUCGCCAUCCAGUGUGUCCCCGCCAUCGGCCUCGCGAUCGGCGCCCUGUUCAUCCCCUACUCGCCCCGAUGGCUCCUCAAGCACGACCGCGACGAGGAGGCCCUCCAGGUCCUCGCCCGCGUCCGCAACAAGUCGGUCGACGACGAGGUCGUCCGUCUCGAGUUCCUCGAGAUCAAGGCCGACGCGCUCUUCGAGAAGGAGACGGCCGCCGAGAAGUUCCCCGAAUACGUCAACAAGCCCUUCAUGAUGCAGGUCGCCCAGAUCAAGGCCCUCUUCACCACCUGGCCCAUGUUCCGCCGCACCGCCAUCACCUGUCUCAUGAUGUUCUUCCAGCAGAUGUCGGGUAUCGACGCCAUCGUGUUCUACGCUCCCAUCAUCUUCCAGGGCCUUCAGCUCGGUGGCACCGCUGUGUCUCUGCUCGCCUCGGGAGUCGUCGGCAUCUCCAUGUUCCUCGCCACCUUCCCUUCUCUCUUCAUUGUCGACAAGCUUGGCCGUCGUCCUCUGCUCAUCGUUGGCGGUCUCGGCAUGUGCGUCUCGCUCAUCAUCGUUGGCGCCAUCACUGCGCGCUUCCAGCACGACUGGACCAAGCACACUGCCGGAGCGUGGACGUCGGCCGUCUUCAUCUGGCUCUACAUCGCCCACUUCGGCUACUCGUGGGGCCCUGUCUCGUGGAUCGUCAUCUCCGAGCUCAUGCCCAUGUCGGCGCGUGCGGCGGGUACCGCGCUCGGUGCCUCGGCCAACUGGAUGACCAACUUCUGCGUCUCGCUCAUGGUGCCCCCAAUGCUCGAGCACAUCACCUACGGCACCUACCUCUUCUUCCUCGGCUUCAUGCUCUUGGGUGUCGCCUACGCCGUCUGGCUCCUGCCCGAGACGCGCAACGUCUCCCUCGAGGCCAUGGACCGUGUGUUCAAGUCGUCGGACGCGACGCGCGACGCCGCCGUCAUGCACCGUAUCGUCUCGCGCCUGCAGGCCGAGUACAAGGGCGAGCUGACGCCAACGGCGUCGUUUGACAAGAGCAAGGUGGAGAAGGUUGAGCAGGUUUAAGUGUAUACUAUGUACAGUAGAUACAGUAAUGCAGUGGUUUGCGG